AUGAAAAAAAUAACAGAAAAGUCUGUCAGUUUCCCUUUCAAGUGCGCCAUUUCUUUGAAUCAGCCAAGAAAAAGUCAAAAAUUUGGAAAAAACUUUGAAAAAUCUAACUUUGAGCGAGCACCUGAGAAAAGUGGAAUGAAAUCAAUUUCAAACGAAAAAGUAAAACCGGACAAGCCAACUGAACUGAAAAAUGAUUGUUCCGUGAAGAGGAAGCACGAUGAAGGAGAGGAACGAACAGUGUUUGUAUCGAAUCUGUCAUAUUCAAUUCGUGAAGAGGAAAUAAGUGCCAUAUUUAGGAGGGUUGGGACAGUCAGUUCUGUCCGUCUUGUGGGAGAUGUUGGUGGCAGACACCGAGGAUAUGGAUAUGUGGAGUUUGAUCGAAUGGAGAGUGUCCAAGAGGCCUUGAACCUCGACCGUACUCCCGUGGGUGUGGAGGGGCGUCCGAUGUAUGUGUCCCCCAAUGGAGUGGCCAGACCAUUUCAGGUCAUGUUUCCUUCUUACUCCCAGUAUUCCACUGAUUUGGACAAAUGCAAAUUGUUUUUAAGAAAUAUUCCACAUACAAUGAACGGACCCGCUCUCGAGGAGUUAUUGAGUGGAAUAGUGUGUGGAGUCCGUCAAGUAAGAUUGGUCACACGUAAAAAUGGAGUGUCCAAACGAGUGGCCUAUGUCGAUUUUGAGGACGAGGUGUGCUUUUUAUACUACAAUAGAAAUAUGCAAGAGAAGGACUCGCCUUGUUGGAUGGACGGACUGUGGAAGACUGUGUCAUUGCCGCCGCCUUUUCCAAUCCUCCUUCCAAGCGGACAAAAGAGGAUGUCCCAAUGGCUAGCUCUAAAAAGUUUUCAACGACACAGAAAACGCGGAUGGACUUUAUUCCUCGAGUCAUAA